AUGAGUGAUUUAAAUAUUUUCAUAACAUCAGAUUUAACAUCAUCAGAAAGAAGAAUAUCACCACAAUGGAAUUUAAAAUAUUUAAAAUUAAAAUUAGAACAAAUAACAGGAAUUGAACCAAAAAAUCAAUUAAUUCAAUAUUUUCCAAAUAAAUAUUCAAAUGAAUUUAUAAAAAUAGAGUCACAACCAAAUGAACAAGAAGAAGAUACGCUAUUAUCAAACCUAAAUAUAAAAAAUUAUAGUAGAUUACAUAUAAUAGAUUUAGAUCCAAAUUCAACAACAAAUCAAAUAAGCUCAACUAUAUCACCAUCAAUACAAAAUCAAAAAAAUCAAGAACAAGAAGAAUUUAAAUUAUCAGAGGAAGAAUAUCAAAAAAGAUCAAAUACUGUAUUAUCAUGGAAACAACAACAAAAAUUAGGCAGAUUCGAUCCUGAUUAUGAAAUUAUGCAAAAUAAAAUUAAUCACGAAAAUCAAGAACAAUUACAAAAAAUUAAAGUUGGAUUAAGAUGUAGAAUUAUAAAUAUAGAAGGUGAAAGAAGAGGUUUAGUAAAAUUUGUUGGUAAGAUUGAAGAUUUAGAUAAAGGUAAAAAUGAUUGGGUUGGUAUAGAAUUUGAUGAACCAGUUGGUAAAAAUAAUGGUGAUAUUGAUGGUAUACAAAUUUUUAUAUGUAAGCCAAAACAUGGUAGUUUUGUCAAACCAAAACAAGUUGAGAUAGGCGAUUUCCCCGAAUUAAAUCCAUUUGACGAUAUGGAUGAAGAUGAAGAUAUGAAUGAAGAAUUGUAA